AAGCAUUCCAUUCAUAACUUGUCACAUUAUUCUGGUCCCAGUCCAGCUCACAUUUGGCAGUCGUGUCGGAAAGGGCUAUAUUUCUCCCUCGGGCUAUAUCAUCAGAAGUGUGAAAAUGUUCACCUUACUAUACGGAAUCCUCCAAACCAUCUCAGCCGCCAUCUACACCUUGGUGGCCACGGUUUGGCAUAUUCAACAGGCUCUCACCAACCUAAUGAUGGCCACUUUUUUGUUCGCUUUGGGAUUGGUGUGUCACCCAAUAAUGGUUAUUCCUAUGCUGUUGGGCGGAUACUAUGUCCUCCGCAACUUCUAUUUCCAUCGUGCCAAGAUCCAGCGAGGCGAUGACACAACUGAUACUUUGUCGCGCACUCCACGUCUUCGCAGCUUCCGCAACAUUGGGAACAUCUCCUCGCGCAGCGAAGACAACGAAAACUAAUCUUUGUUGUAAAUUAUAGAGUGCGGGUUUAAUCUGAUACAAACACAUUAAUGUAAGGACAUAAAUUAAAUGGUUAAUAGUUCUUAAACGUA